AUGGGGAGGGAGGAGCUGUUCCUGCCUGGGGGUCGGGUGGUCUUCUGCGAAGCCUUUCUCACACACCUGCCUGACCCCAGCCCCGGGGCCCACUGGUCUCCGGGUACUCAAGAGGACCUGCAGACCUGUGACAGCGACCGAGGGCCCGGGGCAUUGUCCCUGCCUCGUUUCCCCGGAGUCAGUCAAUCCUCCCAGCACCCUGGAAGGGUCAGCCCGCGCGUCCACCGGCCACCUGGGAGCUCCGGGACCCGCCCCGGCCACCUGCUGCCCGCCCCCCCCCCCCCGCCGCCGCUCGCAGCUGGCCCCCGCCCCUGCCCGGCCCCGCCCGCCCCUGCCCCACCGCCCCGCCGCGGCUGGUGGCUGGGUGCGAGGCCCCCGCCAGUCGCCCGGGAGCUGUCGCCAACCGGCGGGGAGCUCGCCUGGAAGAUGCGCCGUGUGGCUGCCGGACUGGGGGAGGCGAACGCAGAAGGGGCGAAUGUUCUGGCUGGCUCGGCCGGGCGGGGCACCCCUGCCCGUUUCCUCCCUCUCCGCCUGCCCGGUCCGCCACCCCAGCUGGGGUGCCUGGGGAUGUCAUGCCCACCGCCUCCCCCACCCCGGAACUGCCUCUCCAGGAGUAAAGUCCCUUUACAGCAGUACCUCUUACACUGGCGCCUGAGGGCGGGUGCUCUCAAGGCCGUGUUCCUAGUCUUCACCUCCAUGUGUGCCUGGUAUUUGGGGUACCUGUUAGCAGAGCUCAUUCCAGACACGUCCCUGUCAAACACUGUCUAUAACAUCCGGAGCAUUGGUGAGAGACCCAUCCUCAAAGCCCCAGCCCCCAGAAGGCAAAAGUGUGACCACUGGACCCCAUGCCCCCCUAACACCUAUGCCUACCGGUUACUCAGCGGGGGUGGCAAAGACAAGUAUGCCAAAAUCUGCUUUGAGGAUGAGAUGCUCAUAGGAGAAAAGACUGGAAAUGUUGCAAGAGGAAUAAACAUCGCCAUUGUCAACUAUGUAACUGGGAAGGUAAUAGCUACACAAUAUUUUGAUAUGUAUAAAGGCGAUAACUCUGGACCAAUGACAAAGUUUAUUCAGAGUGCUCCUCCGAAAUCCCUGCUCUUCAUGGUGACCCACGAUGAUGGAAGCAGCAGACUGCACGCUGAUGCCAAGGACGCCAUAGCAGCGCUUGGGAGUAGAGAAAUCAGGAACAUGAAGUUCCGGUCGAGCUGGGUGUUUCUUGCAGCAAAAGGCUUUGAACUUCCUUCAGGAAUUCAGAGAGAAAAGAUCAACCACUCUGAUAAUACGAAGAACAGGUAUUCUGGCUGGCCUGCAGAAAUACAGAUAGAAGGCUGCAUACCAAAAGAAUCAAGCUGA